AUGAAAAGUUUUCAAGAGGGAUUUCAGUACAAACUAAUCGUUAUUCAAGAACAAGGUGACGAGAAGCUUUUGUCUCUCGAACAAGUAUUACGAGGGAAUUUUGGGGGUGAUCUCCAGUAUCCCGAGGUUUCCCUAGUGGAGGCGCUACUUGCUCCAGCUACUGUCGGGGCUGUUCCCAAAUGCGAGGCCUCACCUGUCUCCCGUCGUCGGUCUGUUGUUGUAGAUUCUGCCCUUGGGGAGGAUGUUAGUGGUGAUACUAUUGGCCGACGCUUACGCAGGAAACGCAACAUCGAACCUUUUCUCGCUACGUCACAUGUUGUUAUCGAGAUUGUUGAUGGUGAUGAGUUGUCAGCGGCAGAGGCGGUUUGUUCACACCGUCGAGGGAAAACAAUCAUUGCGGGGGGUCGCUCCACCUCACCCUCGGCUUCGAAUAACGUCCCGUCGAAGGCCGCGUGUGUAGUUGCUGGUGUGGAGAGGGGAAAACAGGCGACUCUGGUAUUGUCCUCUGGUAGCGGCUCCGACCCAUCCGAACCGGGCGCCGUGGCUCAGUCUACUGACGCCAUGCACGCUGCCAUUAGGGCUUUCGCUGAGACGGACUUCGCAUCUUAUCUCAGACUGGCCAAGCUUGGUCUUGCUGAUCUCCACGAAUUGUGUUAUGAGGAGGAGGACGCUGUUCCAUACGACGACGUUGAGGGCAGCGUGUGA